AUGCCAAGAGAAUUGGUUAUUCUCCGUAAAAUUUUGCCACAUCCUAAUAUUAUAACCCUCCUUUAUUGGACGAAAAUCAGACCAGAAGAGUGGAUGGUUGCGUUCGAAUUUCAUGGGUAUGAUUCGAUUGGAUUAAAAUCCAAUUUAAAAGACUAUUUGAACGAUGUUGCAACAAGCAGAGGAACUAACGGAUUAAAGGAAGACGAAUCAAAAAGGAUAAUGCGCCAAUUGUUGCUUGCAUGUAGCCACUUGGAAAGUUAUGGAAUUUACCAUCGCAAUUUAAAACUAGACAGCAUAGUCAUCGGCAUUGAUGGUACUGUUAAAUUAAUUGACUUUAGUUUAGCAGUCGAGACGAAGGAAAAUGAACAACAUAUUGAGAAGGUUGGCUCAAUUGUUCCACCUGAAAUGUACGGCCACGUUACUUAUAGACUAUCUACCGCGCAAAUAUGGGUAUUAGAAACCAUUUUCUACCAACUUUUCGAGAGAAUCGAACCUUUUCGGAAAGAACGAGUAAUUUGUAAAGCCUUAGGACCGGUUAUGUUUAGCAAAUAUAAUCGUCCUUCGAAAGAAUGCGUGGAAUUGAUGGAAUGGAUGUUGGAUGUUGAUCCUAACAGGAGGCCGCAAUGUAUUGAUGAUGUUCUUGAUCGCGAGUGGAUAAGACAUGAUUAA